UGGCUUUCCAACUGGCACGCCGGAGUGCUUUCUCGUACUGUGCCCUCUCUCGUUCCCUCGUCUCGUCCCUCUCCUCUCCUCCGGGUCUCUCCUUCCCCUCUUUUAAUCUCUUUCUCUCUCUCUCUCUCUCUCUCUCUCUCUCUUUCCGCUCUCUUUAUUCCCGUAUUUCGUACUCCACUCUCUGCGACAUGACGCGUUGAUGAUCUACACGCUGCAACAUAAAACUACCAACAGCAGCGGUAGUGCUCGUUUAGGACUGAAAACCACCACCAUCGACACCACUACCACCAUCGUCGUCGGUGGUAGUGGUCCACCACGAGAUUCAAUCUCGAGCAGCAUCCUCGAAGCGUCUUUCAAAGCUCUAUGUGCGUCAGUGCGCGAUUGAGAAUCGCGAGGAAAAUUGUGCCAGGCGACGUGGUCGAUACGACGCCAAGGACGAUGAUGUAAAUUCCGCUACGCAAACCAUUCGCUUGGAAAGGCGUUUAUCCUGAUGAGAGAGAAGAUGGCAUACUCGAAGGGAUCCGCGUGGAGGAUAUCGCGUCGGUGAUUUCAAUCGGCAGCGAGAACGAGCUCUCCGCGAAGAUCGGAGUAAGAUCAGGAGGGGAGCAUGAGAGUGUUAUGGUAAAGGUAGUCGUCGACGGGAGAGGCAAAUGGAGAUAAGAGGAGAGAAAGCGGAGGUAUUUUGACAGCCUCGGCACUUGUCCCGGGAAUGCCUCGAAUGCCUGUGCUGGUACUCCUCGGUAGCUGGGGCUGGGGAUUUUUCGCCAUAUUCCUCUUGCUUCUGGCCACCCCCAGUCCCGCUGCCAUUCGCAGAGCGGACCGAGGCCAUUGUAACAAAACAGUGGACAUUUACGAAGAUGUGUCGAGCCCGGCGGUGACCCCAGCAAAUUGGGGUAAACCCCUCUCGUGCUGGUACCGUUUCCGUGCCUUUCGCGGAACACCCCGGGACUGGAUUCUGCGGGUGCGCUUCAAGAAGUUUAAGGUCGGGGUGCUGGAGAAUGCUACUACCUGCAGCGGAGGUUAUCUGCAGAUCAUAGACGGUAACACGAAGACGGAGGUGAGCAAUCGCAAGGACCCGGGCGUCUACUGCGGUGAGUCCGAGCAGCCGCAGACCUUCAUUAGCGAGACCAGCUUCGUACGAGUGAUCUUCCAUGCGGACAACUUCACCGAUCAGACGUAUUUCAGUUUCGAUUCGCGUGCCGAACCGCAGUUCGAGGUGUAUCUCAGAUACGGCCAACACCCGGAGCUCUAUCCAAAUCGUCGUGGCGAAGUCGUGCCAGGCAGUUACUGCGAGCGCGUCUUCAAGGACUGCCGGCUGCAGACGUGCUACGUACAGAGCCCGGCUUAUCCCGGUAUUUAUCCGCGCGCGUUGCACUGCAAAUAUCGUCUAAACACCCGACUGCCCUUCAUCAAACUCUACAUCGAGAACGAAGAGUUUAACAUCGAUGGCCAACGUUGUGAGAAUAUCAUGACGUGUCCGAUGCGGCCGAUCAGUUCCGGCUCGGAGCACUGCCCGUACGAUUAUAUACGCGUGUACGACGGUAAGAACGAGAGUAGUCCGGUGAUCGGCACUUUCUGCGGUAUGGGCAAAUUCCCGUACAGCAUCAUUGGUACCAGCGAGGAUCUCUACGUCGAGUUCGUGUCGUCGCCGGCUGGUCCGUUGCUCAACACUGGUUUCCACUUCAACGUGGGCAACUGGCCCGGUCAUGUAGAAACUGCGGGCGUGAAAAACGGCAGCUGCGACUGGUUGCUGAACAGCGAAUCUCUCGUGAGUGGUAACGAGGGUAUCUUUCUGUCGGUUGCGCACUGGUACCCGCCACACACCAGUUGCACCUAUUUGCUACGCGGUCGACCUGGCGAGAUCGCUCGUCUCUAUUUCCCCAGCUUUCGCGUGAACCGAAUCGAGUCGCCGAUUCAGCCUUACGAUGGCGAUUGCGGUGAGAGCCUGACGCUUUAUGACGCUGACUGGCCGGACGACGCCCGGAUCAUCAAGACCUUCUGCGACACUUUCAGCAAACCGAUGGAGAAGCACGACUUCGUCUCGACGUCAAACGCUCUAUUCGUGCGAUUCGAAAGCAAAACUGGCAGUUACUCCGGUAGCUCGCUCUAUUACUGGGCUCAUUACGACUUCUUCAAUGCGACGAGAUUCGGCGAACCCACGCCCGGUACCGAGUGCGACGAAGUAUUCGCAUCGUGGAAGACGCGCUCGGGUCGUUUGCGAUCGCCAUUGAAUACUUUGGUUUAUAAACGACCGGGCGACCCGCCCGCUGAUCUGUCCUGCACCUAUAGCUUCAUUACGGAUAAGCGACUGUACGCGCGCGUGAUUCUCGUGAUAGAGUCAAUUAACUUCAAGGAGCAUCCGUACGCUCAGUGCGGCCAUUGCUGGGAUAGUCGAGUGGAUCGGGUGAUCAUUCGGGAACCUAAUCCGGAUGGUAUCAAGGGCCACUGCCUUUGUCGGAUCAACAACAACGGCACUCCGGCGCCCACGACCUCAUCAUCGCCGGCACCGCCGCGACCGCCUGUUCUCAGGAUCGUCUCUCGGGGUGAAAGAUUGGAUCUGAAGCUGCUGGUGGACGGUGCGCACGCGGCCUCGAGUUAUUUCAAGUGGCCCGCGCCACUAUUUGAGGCAAGAUACGAAUUCGCGCAUAGUCCUUUAUGCGGACCGGCGCUUCUGCCGCCUGCCACCGAUGGUGAGAUUGAGUUUCCGCAUUACGAGGCACUGGGAUACGUCACGCCACCCAGGUCCAUCAAGUGUAUCUGGGAAUUACGGGUGAACCGUGAGCGCGAUCUCUGGCUGCACUUUGACAAGAUCAAAUUCGCAUCGCGUUCCUGCGAGGAUGGCAAGCUCGAGAUCUUUCUGCCGGGCAAUGCUGAGCCGUAUCUCGGUAUUUGCGGUGAGAACGUCAGCUAUGUGAGAGAGAUGCCAAUCAUUUCAGCGGCUUACAUCACCCCGCCGAUAGAUCAUCAGGCGCCAGGCGGUGACGUCAUCGAGGAAUCGCCCGCUGUAAUCAUACAGUUUACCGGAUCCAUGGCACCAGCCAGGGCGGCCUUCAAGAUCGCAUGGACUGAACUUUUUCAUCUACCAAGGGACGGAUCCGGGGCUCUCAACACCGGCAAAUUAGAGGCGGACUGCGGUUUUCAGUGUCCUGGCGACACGGGAUGCAUUCCGUUGAGAUUGAUGUGCAACGGCGUGGUGAACUGUCCCAGUCGCAGCUUGCCCCUACCGGGUAUCUUGAAUGGCACCUUCUACGAGCCGGACGACGAGUCAGUAGAGACGUGCGGUGGUCCCGUCAGUGGUACCGGCGGUGGUUUCGCUGGACCCGCCGGUUGGGCUGGAGCAGGUUUAGGCAUCGGUCUCGCCAUUCUGUUGGGUCUGGCGUGUUUCAUCGCCAUGUGCAGGCUUUGCAGAGGACGAUCGCGCCCCAGAGAUAUACACGUGCCCUAUUAAGAGGCGCGAUCGUGCCUGUCUCUGCGCGGGUAUACGCACAAAUUCAGAGAACACAGAGGUCUGAGAAACAAACUGAUAACGCCUUUCUCAAGGAAUUAAUAUUCUUUCUUUUAUACUCGCAUAUAUGCUUGUAUACAUACGCGUAUGGUAGAUGUACAUAAACGAUAAAUCUUUAUUCCUGGAGUAACAACUGCAAAUACAUAUGACGAGAGAGAGAGAGAGAGAGACAGAAACGUCCUCCUUUUGUGACGUUUUAACUUUUUGAACAUACGUCGAUCAAAUUGAGCUCUUUGAGCUCUGCAUUGCUAAUUUCGGUUAAAUAAAUUUUGUUUCUCUAACUGUACGUAUAGAUAAGAUUAUAAUCUAGAGAAGAAUUCCAAGCUUAUUUAACAGCUGUCGAGACCGUUAGCGUUGUCUCCCUUGUGUCCUUCAGACCUCUGUGUUGUUUGAGAAAUCGAUCGAGAAAUGGUCGAGAGGCAUUCUCCUUCUCGAGACUCAUCGAGGUGUGCCAGGAGAUGUUUUUCCAUGCUGCUCCAAAUGACAGAUCCGACAUUACAAGUAAUUCUCUCAAUGUGAUGCUUCCGGGUCUAAUGAACGUCGAGUUUGCUCAUUAAUUGCGAGAGGUUGAUUCCGGAUCUUUACUACUCUCUAUCGCGGUGUUCAAGUAUUACUACCGUCUGUCAACGCCGAUCGCCCAUCCCACCUUCAUCACAUUGUCGGUCUUCUAUUUACACUCUUUACGGAACUCUAAUGAUUCCAUACAUUAUCCUUCUCUUACAGCGACGAGAAAGUUCUAAGCAAAACUGUAUUUGCCACUGCCGCGUUAUAUUCGUCGUAUUGUCAUCGCGUCUUCUCUACACACACUGCCAUAGACGUAGAACUUCAUACAUACAUACAUAGCUCUCAUCUCGAUCGUUCUCAUAUGUCACGUUCGCGAGAACUAUCGUAGAUUCGUGGCGAUCGGGUUAUUUCUGUCGCUGAUUGUACGGGCGGCGAUACCAAGACAUCUAUACAAGAUAUAGGUAGCUUCAACGCGAUAUACAAGCAGAAACAUUUUUAUACUUUUAUUAUCUCUUUCCUCUAAUCUAAUUAUAGAAUCUUAUUAAUAAUCAGCAUCGAAGUCUGACAAUAAUGAGUUUGAAACAUAAAA